CUUCAAGAAUUUUGUCUAAAAACUAUUCAAAUACAACCGGAUGUAGUAUUUAAAGCCAAUGAUUUUGCAAACAUUGAUAUUAAAGAAUCAUUUGAAAAUUUAAAAGAUACUUUACAUCAAUUUAUUCCUUUUAUUAACUUUACCGCAAUUUCUUCGAGCGAUUUUUAUCACAAGAUCCUACCACUUCAACGUGUUCUCCCAACAGAAUUAUUCGAUGAUUUACUUAAAUUUCAUUUAGCCCCUCAUGUUAAUCCAUCGCAUCCAAUUUUACGUUCUCCAAAAAGAAAUCAACAGAUUCAAUCAAUUUAUAUUAAUCAUAUUCACGCUGCUUGGAUAAUGAGUCAAAUUGACGUAUUGAAUCCUAGUAAAGCAAUUAGAAAUACGCAUGGCCCUUCAUUUGGUGACGGUGAUUUGUGGGUAAAGGUUACAGCUCACUUUACCAAUAAUGCUACCCUUCCUAGUUUUUGUAGGCAGAAAAGUUAUGAUAAAAAAAUUGCUGAUUUUGAACAAUUUUAUGUGGAAGAUUAUGAAAUAUUUCAGAUUAUUAAAAAGACAACUCAAAACUUUGGACAGCAAAAACGUGCAACAUUGCCUAGCAUUACAAAUACGCGUGACAAAUUUCUCCAAGCAAAAUUUUCGUUAGAAAACCUGGAGUUUAAAAUAGAAGAAUUGAAGGAAGUGCAAGAAUCUGCAGAACACGAGGAAUGGAUGGAAAGAGUCGCAAGAACUGAGACUGCAAAG